AUGACUACCAACGGCAACGACUCGCAAAACUCGAUAGGAGCGCUGGGCGCCAGCAUUCUGCUGAGUCUGGUGACCCCGCUGACCGAGGAAAUCGCAGUCGGCGCGUUUUUGAAGGAAACCCGGAUCCGACAGACGUACGGGUGUGGCAAGGCCGAGGUGACGGGGGCCCAGGCGUCGGGGCCUUCCAACACCAACAAGAAAAAAGCGGCGGACACAAAACGGGUGGAUCUGCAGAGCCAGCGGCUUUUGCCGGCCCAGAUUCCGGGCAGAGACAUUUUUGGGCGAGAAUCGGCGGCCGAUAGUCAGUACUUUGAGUGCCCCAAAUGUAUGCGCAAGGUGGCCGGAGCCCGGUUCUGUGCUCAUAUCGAGCGGUGUUUGAGCGGUGGGGGGCGGAGUGGCCGGGGCUCUCGUGCCGCCACGUCAUCCAACUACUCGGAAACCGCUUCUCCCGCCGGUUCCACAAGCCCAGAUCGGGUGCGGACUGCUUCACCCGGGGUGAAGAGAGGAAAGAGACAGGGCACGGGAGGAGGAGAGGGGAUGGUGAAAAAGAGAAGAUUGAGUGAUGGAGACCGGAAGAGUACGCAGGUGAGCAAAUUUUUGGACCGAACGUGA